AUGUCGGCCAGCAGAAGGCUGAUGAAGGAUGACCCUCCAUAUGACAAGGGGGCCUUCAGACUUGAUAUCAAUUUCCCAACAGAGUAUCCAUUCAAACCACCCACGAUCACAUAUGAAACAAAGAUCUACCACCCUAACAUUGAUGAGAAGGGGCAGGUGUGUCUGCUGGUAAUUAGUGCUGAAAACUGGAAUCCAGCUACCAAGACUGACCAAGUAAUCCAGACCCUCAUAUCACUGGUGAAGGACUCCCAGCCUGAGCACCCACUCCAAGAUGGCCUAGCUGAAGAAUACUCUAAGGACGGUAAAAAAAAAAUCUGUAAGAAUGCUGAAGAGUUUAUAAAGAAAUAUGGUUAA